CCAUCGACAGUUAUCAUUAUCUGCAAUCAUAUCUUACCUCCCCCAAAGCAACACAUCCCGUAAAUAUGUAUAUAUAGUAUAUACAUCACUAGCUCCGGCCACUUGCAGACUCGCUAGCCGGAGUUUAUAUGGCUAAACAUCCACUCUUCUCCAGCUUCUUAUCUGUUCUUGGCCUCCUACUCCUCCACUUUGGCUGUUUCAUCUCCUCCUCCGCCUCCCACCGCCGCCGGCGUGAACACCACCGCACCACCGCCGGAGCUGUGUCUGUUUCUUGGUUCUUCAUUAAACGCCUCUUCCGCUGCGUCCUCCCUCCUCAGGCGCCUAAUCUUUCCUCCCGGCCGUCUCCCUGUUCCUCUUCUGGAUUAUUAGCAAAGCCCAUCUUCACCCCUUUAGCCUCGCCGGAGAAGCUCAUAUCGGGUCGACCCGCUUUCGAUACCCCAUCGGGUCAACCCAAUAUCUAUCCCUGUAGCCUUUGCGGGGAGAUUUUCCUCGUCGCCGGCCUUCUCGAGAAGCAUCAGUUUGUGAAGCACGCGAUCUGGGAGCUCGAGGGCCGCGAUUCGGGCCACAAUGUCGUUCGGAUUAUAUUCAAGACGGGUUGGCCCGCCAUAGCCAAGAAUCCGGUUGUACACCGGAUCCUGAAGAUCCAUAAUAGCCCGAAGAUUCUGGCCCGGUUUGAAGAAUACAGAGAGUUCGUGAAGUCGAAAGCCGCACGCGAAGUAGCCGGGAGGAGGCGGGACGCGCGGUGUAUCGCCGACGGAAACGAGUUGUUGAGAUUCCACUGCUCCACUUUCCUGUGCGACUUAAACCGCGGUGUUUCCGGCGGCGGCGCGUGCAGCUACCAGUUCUGCAGCGCGUGCGGGAUCAUCAGGAGCGGAUUCUCCGCCAAGAUGGACGGAAUCUCGACGCAGUCGUCCGGGUGGAAGGCCCACCGGGCGGUGCCGGAGGAGAUAGAGGAGGAGUUCCAGUUUAUGCGCGUGAAGCGGGCGAUGUUGGUAUGCCGGGUCAUCGCGGGCCGGGUCGGGGGCGACCCGGACGUGGUAGAGAAGGAGGGUCCCGGGUUCGAUUCCCUUGUCGGGAGAGGGAAUGGGGUGUGCCCUAGAUUGAACGACGAAGAUGAACUGUGGGUCUACAAUCCGAGGGCUGUACUGCCUUGCUUUGUUAUAGUGUACACUGUAUAGGACUAUACGCAAAUUAUUACUGUCUGGGAAGGAAUGUGAUAAAAUGAGUCGAAAAUAGUCAAAAUACACUUCAAUAUGGGUUAUUUUCAAAUACCUCCUUGAGGUUUAGGCAUUUGACACUUUUAGUCGAAGUAUGAAGGGAAAACUGUCAAAUAGGUCCUCGUACUUUGAUAAAAAGGUCAAUUAAGUCCUUCUAUAGGAGGUUCUGUCCGGCCGUCGCGAUUUGGGGCAGUUCCCGAUGGAGUUUUUUGAUGAAAUUUUUUGAGCUUCUUAUUCACCAAGUCUAGUUUACUCAUACCAAAUUUCAGCUAAAAAUUCAACCGGGAACACAUUCAAAUUAAUUCUUGAAGAUAACUGCGCAUUUUUGCGUUCUCGAAUUAAUUUGAAUGUGCUCCCGAUUAAAAUUUUAGCUAAAAUUUGGUAUGAGUAAACUAGACUUGAUGAAUAAGAUGCUCUAAAAAUUUCAUCAAAAAAUUCCACCGGGAACCGCCCCAAAUCGCGAUGACCGGACAGAGUCUCCUAUAGAAGGACUUAAUUGACUUUUUUAUGAAAGUUCGAGGACCUAUUUGACAGUUUUCCCAAGUAUGAAUAUAUUAUUGAUAAGCCCCUCUAUUAUAAAAUACAUGUAUGGCAGAAGGGGUCACCCCUACUUAACCAAGACUGCGAUUUUUUUUAAACUAAGACAAGGAAAAAUUGACACAUCAG